AUGCCUUUAUACCCCAGCUGUUGCAUUCAUAUACAUGCAAAUCCCAAUGUUGAUACCGCGCCCUUGAGGGACAACGCCUUAAAGACAACUAUUAGAAUUGAAAAGGCAAUUGCAGAUCUAUGGCGGAUAAUUGGGAAUGAGGUUGCUGUAACCGUCGGUACUAGGUUGCAUAAGGGACUCCACCUGGACAAACGUCUCAUUUGGAACCCUUAUACAAGACCGAAACAACAAGAAACAGCUAUACGUUUCCGUUUACGCCAACACUUACUGGACAAACACUCUAAACUUGCAAUUAAUUACAAAAGAUUCAUAUACAUUACUAUCUUAAUCCACAAACCUCCAUUCAAUUUACAAAAGAAGCGACUAAUCUACACUGCUAUACAAAGACCUGUUAGGACAUACGGAGCAGUACUUAGGAGUUCCGCAAAACACAUCCACAUAAACAAAAUCCUAACUGCUUAA